AUCUCCAGUCACCUGACUCCACUAUGAAAACAGUGACUUUGAAAGAAAGCCCCAAUAAUUUAAAUACCUGUGAAUUCAUUGACCCAUAUUUAACGUUUAUCGGUUUAAGUAAAAAAAUAAGCAAAAUAGGGAAAAAUGGGAAGACUGAAGACAUUCUUUCAUCUCUCAAAUCCAGAAUACACAGCACAGUUUCAACGUCUAUGUGGAGUCUACCUUAAUUAUAAAAGUGAUCAAUCGUCUGUAGGAAGUUCAGGAAAUGAGAACAACGCUUGUAUAGUUCGGAAAAGAACAGGAUUACAGGAUAGUGGAAAAAAUAAGAUCAUAGAAAACCAAAAUCAAAAUGAAUCUCAGGAUACUGUGUUCAGAACGCCUAAAUCAGAAGCGGACAGAAUAUGGAUGCAUUUGUCCAUGUUUCAGAAGUCUCUAUUUUACAUACUGACAUUUGCAUCAUCUUUAGGAAACGAGGCAUUUUAUUUACUAUUCUACCCGUACGUAGCAUGGAAUAUGGAUUCUGUUGUAGUUCGUCGGACAAAUGUAGUUUGGACUUUAUGUAUGUACGCAGGACAAGCCGCUAAAGACUAUCUAAUAUGGCCACGCCCAUCCUCUCCUCCCGUGGUUAGAUUAGAGACUGACUUUCUGCAGGAAUAUGCGAUGCCUUCCACACAUGCAAUGUCAGCGACGGCUAUACCUUUUAUGCUUGCGUAUACAAUAAUACAUAGAUAUGAUAUAUCUCCUGUGUUUGUGAUAUGUGUAGCCAUAUGCUGGUGUUUAUUGGUUUGUCUAAGUCGACUCUACCUUGGGGUCCAUUCAGUACUGGAUCUUUUAUGUGGAGUGAUAUCAUCUUUAAUCAUCAUCUUGUUGACUGUACCUUACAUGAAAGAAUUUGAUAUGUUCCAGCAGUCACAUCCGGUUGCGCCGCUUGUUGUUUUUGGCAUCAGUCUCGCAUUGAGCACUGUCUGUUAUCCCAACGCUAAGGAUGGUUCUCCCUAUACCGCAAAAGCCGAUGCCGUUCAAAUUGUUGCAGUCUCAGCAGGGGUAACUCUAGGGACAUGGAUAAAUUAUCAGUUUGGGUUUACAGUAGACAAAGGCCAAGUGUUCCAAGCUCAGAUUGUGAUUCCUACCAUUACUAUGAUGACAGAGUCUUUAUUGAGAUUUAUUGUUGGCAUUGUUGUCCUUGGUGCCCUGUAUUCAGUGGUGAAAAAAUCAUCAGUACACUUCUUUUCUUAUGUAUUGAAUUUAGAAAAACCGAACAAGAAACAUCCGUCGGUAGAGAUUGGAUACAAAUUUGUUACAUAUUAUGUUUUAGGGUUCGCAAUCAUAUUUUUGGUGCCAUAUAUCCAUUUCCUAUUGGGACUUGGUAGAUCGGCAUAUUUUAAUGAGGUUCAGUAGAUAGUACCAGAAGUCAUGCAUGUACAAUAUUAUCAAAUUUAAAAAAAAAAACACCGGUUGAAACAGGUCAAAGAGAAAUGCUUAUAUGAACUAUUCAUGUAUGUUAAAAUAUUUACGUAGAAAGUAAACAAAUUAACAAAUGAAAGUAUGAACAUAUUAUGGAUUUGUUUACAGUUUGUUUAAAAAACUGAUAAAAUAAAGAUUAAAUGCAGCUUUGAUUUAGGUGUUGGUUUCAUAUCAAUGUUAAGCCCUCUUUCUCUCGCUCCGAUCGAUACCAAUAGAUAUAAGAAGAUGUGGUAUGAGUGCCACUCUCCAUCCAAGUCACAAUUUAUAAAAGUAAACUAUUAUAGGUCAAAGUACGGUCCUCAACGCGGAGUCUUGGCUCACACCGGACAGCAAGCUAUAAAGGGCCCCAAAAAUUACUAGUGUAAAACCAUUCAAAUGGGAAAACCAACGGUCUAAUCUAUAUAAAAAACGAGAAACGAGAAACACUUAUGAACCACAUCAACAAACGACAACUACUGAACAUCAGAUUCCUGACUUAUGACAGGUGCAAACAAUUGCAGCAAGUAGGUUACAUAUUAUAAUUGAUGGAGUUGUUAUUUUUACAAGUUAAGUUUAUUGUUUCCUACAUAUAGAAGUUUAUUUAUAAUAAAUGCUUUUAACAUGC